UGUGGAAGAAGGCGGCUGAGCAGAUGGAAAGCCAACUUCAAAUGACUUCAGAGAAUCACCCUGAAGCCGAUGGCCAAGCGGAGCAAAUGAACCGUGUGGUGCAACACUUGUUUCAACAUUACAUGAAGCCGAGCCAAGAAGACUGGGACGAGAAGCUUCCUGUUAUCGCCAGCCGGUACAACAAUGCGAUUCAUAGCACCACGGGCGUGACUCCGAAGGAGCUGCACUUGGGUUGGAAGCCUAGAUCAGCACUAGACUUUCUUGUAAAUAACUUAGGAGAUUAUCUAACUUCGAUGGACAAUGCCAUCAGGGCUCGAGGAACAAUGCUGCUGGCAGAAGGAACCAAUGUGUACAAGACGAAACCUCUUUCACCAACACAGCUGAAUAGCCUUGCUGUCUUCUUUGCCACUCGUGUGGCAGAUAAGGCCGCCAGGUCAGAGGCUAUGGUUGGCGUUUGCGGACUGCUGCAGAGAAAGAAGGAAUUCGGUCAAUUGAUGAUGGAGGAUGUUUUGCGGCUCAUGGGCAGCGUAUUCACAUCAACCAAUGUGAGGGCACUCCCACUGCGUGGCCGACAGGCAAGCUUUGAGGCCAUGAUUUGCCUGCUGGAGAAUUACAAGAGCAUUGUCGCCAGAGAGGGCAGCGAGGUGGUUGAGGGUAUAAUUGCAGCAAUCGAUGGGGAGAAAGACCCUCGUUGCUUGCUUCUUACAUUCAAGAUUGUCGAGCUGGCAGCUGCUCUUUUUUCGACUCCUCACAGGCUGCCCUUGACGGUAGAGGAGUCUCUCAACGACGACCUAGACGAUGUUGCUGUGGAAAAUCUGCAAAUGAUAUCGAAGGAGAUAGAAGAAGAAUUGUUCGAUCCCCCCAAUGACCGUGUGGGCAUCACCAGGGAGCAGCUCGCCUUGGCGUUGGAGAAAGCCAUAUUGGCCACACCGAUGUUUGCUGAGCUUGCUAUCCCAGUUAUUCUUGACAGGAUGUCAGCGGGUAUGCAUUCCGCAAAGCUGGACUCCCUGCGGUUGCUCGAGCAGUGUUGGAAAAGGUACGGCCGUCCCGCCGUUCUGCCUCAUGUUUUGAAGUUGUGGACUGUCCUGCGGAAAGAAGUUCUACCGUUGACUGCUCAAGAGAUGGAAGAUGCAAUGAUUCCACGUGGUGUGGAUAUUGCGAAGGAUGAGGCUGUACGAGAAGCUGCACUCGCGUGCUUGACAGAGUCUGCUCGAGCCCUGGACAAAAUCGAGGACAUCUCAGAAAUCAUGGGUGCUGUCUACGACGAUCAGGAAAGGAACGAGCUUGUUGCUUUGGUGAUGGCGGACCAGUUUGUCAACGAGAUGUAUGCUUGUGUGAAGGAGGCAGCCCAUGAGGGUUCGUCAGUGGGGGCGAAGGAUGGAGAAACGAGUGGACAGCAUAAACCUAUGGAGGGUAAACUCAGUGAGAGAGAAGAGAAAGUUCUCGCAAGCAGCAGUUUGAUUGCCGCACUUGUGAGGGUAUCGCCAACGACAGCGAAGUCUAUUGCGAAUGAUGUUUGCCUGAAGUUGCUUGAGGCUGGGGGAUGGGAUGCAUCAGUGCGGGGUCCUUCCUUGUCUCUCUCUCCCUCUCCCUGCUCUGCUGUCGAUGUUGUGGAGGAUGAGAAGUCAGGGAUUGAAGCACUCAGCAUAGUUGAGCAGCAGCAGCUGAGCAUCUUUGGGUCAGUGGUGGAUACCAGUGAUGCAGGCACCCGUCCAGAUUCCUCUGCAAGCACAAUCAUAGUGUUUGGUGGCGCUGUCGAUCCUUAUCACUCCCUUUCGCAGGGAAAACGUGGUGCAUUGCUUGCUCUUAGUGCUGUGAACAUAAUUCUGGAAUCGGUGAGGCAAACGGUCUGGGAUGCGGCUGAGCUGAUACCGAAUUCUGAUUACAAUGUACUCUGCUGGGGCGAGGUGAUGGUCAUUGAUGAUGGGGUAUUUAAGAUGCUGCUGAAUAUCUUCAUCAGAGUAGCAGAGGUGUGUGGUGAGGGUGAUGGUGGGAGCAUGACAGAGGAAGGCAACGCUGUGGACUCGGCAAUGAGUGUUGCAGUGAAUGGGUUGAGAAUUCUGGGGACAUUCCCCUUCUUCUACGGAUGGAUGGAUGCACAGCACCGUAUUGCAGAAACUCUAGUGGACUUGGUGCUUGGCCGCAAGUUGGCAGGGGAUGACAGCCUGGAAGACAGACAAUCGUUACGCGAAUGUGAUGCCAAGCUGGCAAAACUCUGCAGCGACGCACUGGUUGACUUUGAGAAGGGGAGCACGAAGCUGGAAAAGUGGGGAAUGGUCCGAAGCGCGGAAAACUUUGUCACCAUGGCCGUAAAACGCUUAUUGGGAGUGGUGGAGAAAGCAAAAGACACAGAGGCGGAUGCUGCUCACAUGCAGAAUGUGGAUAUUGCCCUUCAGGCACUGUCCAAUCUUGCCUGUAGUUCAAUGGAAACAGUCAGUCUGGUUCUGCCCACGCUCAAUAACAUGCUCAACGAACGGCUUAUUCCUGCAAUGACCAGUGAGGGGGGAUUGGAGUUCGUUGGCGCUGUGCUGAGGGCCCUUGGAGAGUUCAUUCUGCCAAACUGUGGGGAGCUGAAUGCGUGCGGGCACACCACUCUUGGGAGCCUUGUGGGGAGUAUUCUACGUAAUUUCCUUGACUUGGACAGAUGCGGGGUUGUUGUUCCAGAGAAGAUAUUGUCAGGCAGCAUGAAGGCUGUCAGAUUGGCCACCCAAUUAUGCAAUACGGAGACUCAACGGGAGAUUGUCCAACAGAUCGUGUCAUCCCAAUUUGAAUCUCAGUCUCAGGCGGUGGCGAGUGAGGGAGGUAGCUUCCAUGGCAAACCACAGACUGCUCUGCCUGAUCUUGGAGUUUCUAGGGUGUGCAUAACCGGAGGGGAGUUAGCAUUGGUAUCGGAAACGGGAAACCUCCAUCAGCGAGCGUGUGUGAUGGCUUCCGCGCUAAUAUCGCUGCGGCCAGAGGUGGAGAUACCGAGCGUGUGGGAUGUGCUAAGAGUGUUGGCGAAUGUAUGCACAGAGGUUGAUCCCUGGCAAGGAAGUCAAGGGCAGGGAGAUGGACUGGUUGUGGCGAUGGCGAUAGCGUCGAUCCUCAACAAGAUGAAGGUAUCGGAGGUAGACAAGGGUGUACGCAUCGUUGUGACAGAAGAGCUGCUGUUACAAGUUGAGGGAGAUGAGGGAAAAGGGUUGCGGCGGGAAUCUAUAGACGAGUUGCGGCGGAUGCAGCGUGUGGUAGGUGCACUUGCUUGGAUAGGUAAGGGUCUUUCCAUGAGAGGGCAUAUGGGGCUAGCAGCGAUUGUCGACAAGUUUAUGGGACUGCUUCAAUCAGUAGAGUACUCUGCUGCCGUGAGCAAAGUCUCGUCGCAGGAUCGCUCAGCAGAGAGCCCAGAAGAUGUACGAAGGGAGAGGGACGAAGUGAUCAGAGCUGCUGCAAGAGGCUUGGGCUUGAUUGUCGCUGAAAGGCAUGAGUGUCUCAACAAGGCAACCUAUGGGAAUGUGCACAUUUUACAUAGGCAAAGGGUUUUCACAUCGAUGGUCAAGCAACUGCUGGAGAUUCUGAGACUGACUAAGGACUGUCAGCCAAGGGCUCCACUGUACAUCGCAUUUGGUCACUUAUUGAAGGAAACGCCCCCAACGAUCUUACUGCAGGAAUCAAAGGUCUUGCCAGUGUUGCUGGAAAGCCUUUCAGCUCUGAGUGCUGAGCCACGGGACAGAGAUGUCCUACAUGCAUGCCUGUUGGUUCUGUCCUUCUUCCUGACAGAUACUGGGAGAGGGAAGAUGAUGGCAUUGGAGGUCAUAGGCUCCAUAACUGCACAACUGCUGCCUCUUGCGCGUUAUCCGCAUUCCAUGCUUGUGAGAGAGACAGCUAUUCAGUGUUUGGCGGUGAUCGCAAGUUAUCCUCAUGCGUCCAUCUAUCCUCAUCGAAACCAGGUUAUUCCUGUGCUUGCUGCCGCCAAGGGUGACGUAAAGAGGGCAGUGCGCAAGGAGGCGGUCAAGUGCUAUGGACUAUGGCUAGCCGUUGCUGGUGGAAGAGUUGUUUGACUUUCCGUCUGAUCAAGUCAUGGAGGCAUCAAACCCUGUCGGACUUUCUGUCUGUGCGAAUCGUGGAAAGUGGUGAAGUCGUGCAGCAAAGC